AUUAACAGGACACAGCUGUUCGAUAACUAUUCUCAUCGCAUGCGUCCUACUCGGGUGAUUCCACCGCUCACGGAGAUGGCAGCUUCUCUCACCGAAGCCGGCGCCAAGUUCGUCGCCCCCGCCUCCCGCUCCUCCGCCGUCGUCCGCCUCCGCCCCUUCGUCGCCAUCCGCGUGCCCCGCAUCCUCCCCCAUGCCACUUCCACCCUCCGGCUCCGGCCCGCCGCCUUCCCUCGGUGCUUCGCUUCGGCACCCGCCGCCGUUGCCUCCUCGACCACCAUCUCCGUCGGCGACAAGCUCCCCGACGCCACCCUCUCCUACUUCGGCCCCGACGAGGAGAUCAAGACCGUCACCGUCUCGGAGCUCACCAAGGGCAAGAGAGCCGUGCUCGUCGCCGUCCCGGGGGCCUUCACCCCGACGUGCACCCAGAAGCACCUCCCCGGCUUCGUGGAGAAGGCCGGGGAGCUGCGCGCCAGGGGCGUGGACACCAUCGCUUGCGUCUCCGUCAACGACGUCUUCGUGAUGCGGGCGUGGAAGGAGGACCUCAAGAUCGGGGACGAGGUGCUGCUGCUCUCCGACGGCAACGGGGACUUCACCAGGGCCCUCGGCGUUGAGCUCGACCUGCGGGACAAACCCGCGGGCCUGGGCGUCCGGUCCCGGCGCUACGCGAUGCUGGUGGAGGACGGCGUCGUCAAAGUCCUCAACUUGGAAGAGGGCGGCGCCUUUACCUUCAGCGGCGCGGACGACAUGCUGAAAGCCCUCUAAUCCCAAUCCUUCCUUCUCUCUUCUCCUCCUCUUUCGUCUUCAGCUCCUGGCUUUUUGGAGAUCACGUGAUGGUUGUGUUUUGGUAUCAUAAUUGUGGGUGGAAGACGUGUUUGUUGAAAUGCCAGAGUAAAGAAACUGAGAGAUCAACAUGGAAGUUGUUGGGUAACAUAAGCAGAGUAUUACAAAAAACUUGAGAAAUAGGUCAAUUUUUAAGAGGCAUAUUCUCGUGGAAAUGUUUGGGACAUUUUCUAACAAAGCAUGUGCACGCUACCUUAUUUAUUGGACCUCAUUCAUUCCAAGAACUAGCAAUUGCGCUUGUGUAGCGAAUACAUUUUAUUUUCUUUUGUAUAUUUUUCCUGUUUGUCAU